ACACGAGAGCUCGAACGCUGUUCUUUUAAUAGGAGGCAGGUCGAGAGAGCAGUUUUCGGAGGCGGCGAGGAUGGGCUGGGCAGAGUAGCAAAGAAGAGAAUAAAGUAGAAAGGGGGGGGAAAUAACCCCCCUCUUGAGAUCCUUAGGAAAGAAAGUAGAGAAGAAACCCGGAGUUAAGCAGCUGUGAUCUUGACCCAUCAGCUGCCGCAUCCGGAUCUUGCGAAUAUAUAAACAACAACCCCAAACUUCUGGCGAUGUUUUGCGAUGCAGGAGAAAGCCCGGCUGCUAAAGAAGGAUGAGGAGCGAAAUUGAGCAGCCUCGUUCUGCCAAGUAAGGAAACGGACCAGAUUGCUGUUGAUAAAACGGACUAGGCUGGUCUCGGGUAGGGGACACCACUGGGUGUCCCCUUUCCCAGCCACGAUGAGCCUUUGAGGGUUUCGAGCCAACCCUCGGGACUUUCUCCCCCUUCCCUACUACUUACCUACCUUCCUCCUCCUCCUCAGCCCUCCUCCUCCUUUUUUCCUCUGCUGCCAACUCCCUCCCGCUCCCCCCCCCACCCCACCCCGCCAGCCUUUCUUCAAUGGGCGCUUUGGAUUCCCUCGCCGGAGGAAGCGCCAACCCGACCGCCGCUGCCCUCACUAUGCUGAACGGGGCAGAGAGCCAAAGUUUCGCCAAGGAGCCGCCAGACCUCCAGGGAGCGGCGACCAAAGACCCCGCCGAGCUGAAGAUCGGCGUCCCCCAGGAGCGCUUCUACUACCCGGAGCCCCACAUGCAAGAAGGCGGCUGCAACUUAGGGCUGACCUACGGCGCACAGAUGGUGCAGGGAGGAGGAGGCGGCUUUGGGGUGAGCAGCCCGGCCCCAUCGGGCAGGUUUCUAGGGCCGGCCGUGAACAACUGCUCCUCUUACAGACCUCCGCCUCCUCCUCCUCCCCCGGUUCCUGCUCCUUCUUCGGCUGCCCCUGCGGGGAAUCCCGGCUUCUCGGUGUCCGCGGCCGAGAUCUACCCAAGCGCCGGGGACCUGUAUCCCAGCGCGCCCGGGGGAGAAGGCUGCUACUCGGCCGCCGUCCAGCACAUGUUCCCGCGCGGGCCUCUCUACCAAGUGCCGGGCUACCAAGUCUCCGGGAAGAUCCAGGUCGUGCUCAACAACUAUCCUCUCUGGGCCAAGUUCCACAAGCACCAGACGGAAAUGAUCAUCACGAAACAGGGCAGGAGGAUGUUCCCAUUUCUGAGCUUCAACAUCUCUGGACUGGACCCUGUCGCCCAUUACAGCAUCUUUGUGGACAUUGUGUUAGUGGAUCAACACCAUUGGCGAUACCAAGGCGGGAAAUGGGUGCAGUGCGGCAAAGCAGAAGGAAAUAUGCCAGGGAAUCGGACGUACAUGCACCCAGAUUCUCCCAACACCGGAGCCCACUGGAUGCGGCAGGAGAUCUCCUUCGGGAAGCUGAAGCUCACCAAUAACAAAGGAGCGUCCAACAAUGUCACACAGAUGAUCGUGCUACAGUCCUUGCACAAGUACCAGCCCCGUCUACAUGUCACCGAGGCCAAGGACGGCGAGGUGGACAAAGUACACCCUUCCAUCUGUAGCCAGACCUUCACCUUCCCCGAGACUCAGUUCAUUGCCGUUACAGCGUACCAGAAUGCUGACAUCACCCAGCUGAAGAUAGACCACAAUCCUUUUGCUAAAGGCUUCCGGGACAACUUUGAUUCGAUGUACACCACGACCGAAGGAGACCGCACAACUCCAUCCCCGCCCAGUGCCGCCAGCUGCCAGCAGCUCCUCACCAGCAGCCGCUUCCAGCCCUUCUUGCACGAUCAGUACACGCUCCCUCAGAGCCGCUUCUACAACAGGGAGCGGGCCCCUUUGCCUCUGCCGCCCAAGGAGACCCACCACUGGUAUUUCGCUUCCCAGCAGCCCCCUUCUGCCCCUCUGGAAUACGGCACCUACGAGGGCGACUUCAGAGGGAACAAAUUCAUGCCGUACGGAAUGAAGCCCUUUGCCCUACAGGCGGCGCCGCACCCCUCCUUGCCCUAUUACCAGGAGCAUCCCUUCGGGCCCCCUGCCACCUGGAGCUCCCCACCUCAGUAUCACCACCCCAAGCCCACCCCGGGGGCCUUGAGCUGGUUCCGGCCCAUGAGGGACUUGCAGGCGGUGCCCUCCGCCGACGAGAAAGGGAAGGACAGCGAAGGCUGGGCCGAGCCCGGCUCUGUGAAGUCGGCCGAUUCCUCGGACUCCGGGCUGUACGAAGCCGAGUGCAAGCGCCGCCGCGUGUCCCCCUACGUCUCCAGCGCCGAGAGCUCCCCGCCCAUCCGCAACGGGGAGCUCUAUGACAAAGAAGGAGGGGAUGGGGGCUAUUAUGGCUUCUAUGGCAACUGAAGUGGGAAGGCGGGAUAGAAACCUGUCAGGGAAACACGGGGUGGGGAUGGGGCCCUUCUCACCAUCCAGCUCUCCUCCGUUCAUAUCAGGGGUAACCUGUAAAAAGGAAAAUGGACAGACCCCCUUCUUGGUUUGGGGGAAAGUUUCGCACCUUUAUGGGCACUGCCGGAAAUAAUGGCGAUGGCACAAAUGAAGCUGUAUGUAGUUGUAUCUCCCCGCCCUCCGCCCCUCUUCAGCCACUUCCAGGUGCUAGUCUGCUGGUGUUAAAACGUGCGCUCCCCUUUGCGGACAGAUGCCCGCAUGGUGGCGGCGAGUUCUUGGGCUUAUGUUCAGACCCAAAGAGCUUUCACUCACAUGUGCAGCAGCGCAGCCUGCGCUUGCCAGGGCAGCUUCCUGUCUCCGCUCCCACCCACGUUUAGUUUUGUGGAUGUGUCACUGGGGAGAACGGAAGCAAAAUUUCUUGAGAGAUUCAAAGCCCAGGGAGAAAUUCAGAAAUAAAAAUCCAACUUUGGGUGGGAUGGGUUUUUAAAGCCACACGGUGCUUGUCGGUUUAAAGUCAACCCUGAUCCAGCCAAGGAAAUCUGCGUACAGAAGCAGGCUUCGUUGUACUCCUCACUUGCUGAAUUGGGAACCACAGGGAAAAAACCCAGAUGUGUGUCUGUAUGAGAUCGUCCUGCAUUGAUUAGAAUGGGGUAGGCGUUCCAGUGUAUAUUUUGAGGGCAUAUCCCCUCCCGGGCUCCUGCACACUUAUUCAUACAUUGACAUCACAUGAAACGAGAUCCAGAUUGAGAUGAUUACGUUCAUACUCUGGUUUCCCCAGCAUGCCAAUUUGGGAUUCCUGGGUGGGGAGCAGCUAGAAAUCAGGAAAAUUUGCUUGAGAAAAUUCUGCCCUUGAAGCUCAUUGCAGUUCUGAGACUUCGUUUGCAAAGUCUUUUGGCCCACUCCAGAGGGGGACUGGGAACCUCGAGCAUGUAUCAGAUGCAAUUCAACACAGGCCAGAAUGCACAUUUGAGUUCUAAUCAUGUCUGUCCGCACCACAUUGCAUUCAAUGUAAUGAGUAUGUGAAUGUGCAUUUAAAAGGCAUUCCCACAUCCUCGCUCUGGAGUCGUGUGCAAUUAUCAUUAUAGGUGACGGUACGUAGUUUGGGGCAAGAGAACUGCUACCCCUGAGGCAGCAGCCUGCCUUCACUUCAGCCAGAAAUCUGGGAUGUCACAGCCAUGCUCCCUUACAAAUGCUCUUGGGCCAUUCCUGGGUCGCCAUUUCUCAAGUAAACUGUGAAUUUCACACAUCUGAGAUAAAUACUCUGUUUUAAGCUCCCUGGGUUUGACAAGAGGGUGAUGACUGCCUUCCCAUUCUCAGUUCAGCCCUAGAACAUGUAAACAAGCCAGAGGUUAAAGCCAGCUCUGGAGUUCUUCAUCCCAGGCCCAGCCGAUGGUUUGAAAACAUGUGAUAAUGCAAACCACUCAUUUUUGCUAACCAGUGCUUUUUUUCUUGAAAAAGAGCUGCUGGAACUCACCAUGAACACCUCCCUCAUUCUCUUAUAAUAAUGGCAAUGGCGCCCGCCUGAGUUCCGGCAAGUUCCAGCUGGGAAAAAAGCCCCGCUAACUAACCAGCGUAUUCUCAGAUGGGCAUCUCGCAGCACUGCCUUUAGGCAGACUUGGAAAUGCUGAAACACCUUCCUCCAUCUCUUGGGAUUUCAAGAACCAGAAUUCAAGGUCCAAGAACAUGUGGAAAGAUUCCUGGCGGGGGUGGGGAUAGCCCUGCAACAUGGACUCUCUUCAAAUAGCGUCAGACCUGACAUACCUGGGCAAUGCAGGAAGAGCUGCCAUCCAUCAAAAGCAACAACAGAACAGGCCUUAGGUGGGAUUUAUGCAACACAAAGAUUUGCCUGCCUUUUUCUUUCUCUCUCUCCCCCCCCCCCUGCUUCCUACAUGCCAGACAACAGCCAUGAGCCCUCAAUGAAGGCCAGUGCCCCAAAUUAGUAAAUGGAACCAGCAGGGAUGGCAAACCUAUGGGCAUCCAGAUAUUGCUUGACUACAAGUCCCACCCUCCCUGACCAUUGGCCACAGGGGCUGGGGCUGCUGGGAGUUGGAGUCUGGUAACACCUGAAGGGCCACAGGUUUCCUCAUCCCUGGUAUAAAGGGACAGGUUUCUCAGGUAGUCCUCUUGUGCCAGAUGUGGAGAUGCCUACGCAGAGAGAUUGGAGGAGAGGUGAAGUAGGGGGGAAGCAAGCUCUCUUGUACAGAGCCAUAGGGGGUUAUCCGUACAGAAAGCCCCUUGGCUAAUUUUUGUAGCAUUGUGCCUCACUGUUUAGCUGUGUGUGCCGCAGAGCGCACACUUUGAUUUGGUGAGAUCCCCAAAGCAGAAGGCAAAAAAAGGGACAAGUCACCUGGGCAUCUUCGCAUGCCUCCCUAGAAAUAAAACAAGAGACACCAUACAUUUCAAUGGGGCAGGUCUACAAUGAACAGUGGAUUGUGUCCAAAAUGAUCAUAUUUAAAGCCCUCCGUAAUUAGUUUUAUGGAAAGCAGGAGGCAAAGACAUAGGUUGUAUUUUUAUACUUCCACCUCCUCCUCCUCUAAAGAGAUUUCCUCUCCCCCUUCCCUCCCUCAAAUCUUGGUGGUAUUUUAUAAUCCUGGAAAGACUUGAUGGUCAUUUGGUGAAGUGAAUUUUAAUUAUGCUAGACAAUCAAAUGGGACACACUCUCCCCUUUUAAGCGCUCCCCGUGGCUCGCCAAACCCGGCUGAGUUUCUCGGAGGCGGAGGGGGGGAGUUAGGCUCAGCUCUCCUAACUGUUUACACUCUUAAAACAAAAAAAAAUUUAUGUAGAUGUAAAAGACACAAUGGUCUUUGUGGUGUUUUGAGGUUCUCUCUUUUUUUAUUUUUCAAGACAACAAAAAUUCUUGACAUUUGCAAAUAUUUAUUGAUAGCAGUGUACAGGCUGCCUGUUGAGUUUUCGUUUUGGCUUAAGAAUUUCUUUAAAUAAACUGUAAAGCUGUUA